AUGGGAAUUUCCAAAUCCGACCCAGUCAUCAUCGUAGGCGGAGGAGCCUUCGGCCUCUCCACCGCUCUACAUCUGACUCGUGACGGGUUCACAAACGUGUCCGUCUACGAGAAAGAUGAUCAUAUUCCUCCUCGAUUCUCAGCUGCAAAUGAUCUCAACAAGAUUGUUCGCGCAGAGUAUGAGGAUGCCUUCUAUACCGACCUGACAAUUGAAGCCAUCGCCGCGUGGAAAACCCCCCUCUUCGCCCCUCACUUCCACCAAACCGGCUUCCUGCACUGCGUGUCCGGCGACGCGCCCCAAAAGGCCGUCGAAACCCUCGACCGCUUCCGCAGCGCAGCAGAAGCAAACGCCCAGAUCAAGCCCCAUGUGGUCCCUCUCAACGGCACCGCAGACAUCCGCGAAGCAUGCUGGCAGCUGAACGGCCCACUAACCGGCUGGAACGGCUACCUCAACCGCUUCGAUGGAUACGCGCACUCAGGCAACGCCCUGGCAGCCGUCUACCGCGCAGCCCAGGCAGCCGGCGUACGCUUCUACCUCGGCGAGCGCGGCGCCACGGACGAGAUCGUCUACGUGAGCACUCGGCAGGGCCGCAAGGCUUCCGGGAUCCGCACGAAAGACGGCACCUUCCACCCGUCCUCGCUGGUCAUCGUGGCAGCGGGCGGGGCCGUUGGACGUCUGGUCCCGGAGCUGGGGACGAAUGUCGUUGCCAAGUCGUGGUCUGUGGCGCAUGUUCAUCUCACUGAUGAGGAGACUUCCUUGUUGCGGAAUAUCCCGGUGACUUAUGCGCGCGACCUGGGAUUCCUCUUCGAGCCUGAUCCCGAGACGAAUCUUUUGAAGAUUUGUCCUAUGGGGGGUGGGUAUGUCAAUACGGAUGCUCGGAGUGGGGUGUCGCAUAUGCCUGCUUCGUUGGAGGAGAGUGCGUUUAUUCCGGAGCAUGACGAGAGGCAGAUGAGGAAGUUGCUGGCGCAUACGCUUCCUGCGUUGAAGGAUCGCCCGCUGGUUAAGCGGUCGCUUUGUUGGUUUGCGGAUACUAAUGAUUCGGACUUUAUUAUUGAUUAUUUGCCUGGGACUUCGGAUUCGGUGGUUGUUCUUUCUGGUGAUUCGGGUCAUGGGUUUAAGAUGUUCCCUAUCUUUGGGUCUUGGGUGAGAGAUUUAGUGGGGGCUGGACAGCAGCAGAUUAAGAGGUGGAGGUGGAAGGAGUCCAAGCCUGCUGGUGACAGUGGGAACUGGGGUGGUGAUGUUAGUUGGAGAAUUGGGGAGUCGAAGGAGCUUGCUGAGAUUCGUCCUGAGAGAUCAUCUAAGCUUUAG